GAGAUAGAGACAGACUCACAGCAAGAGAGACACAGACAGAGACACAGAGUGGAUAUGAAACCCUUCACCAAAGGGGACAGAGUGACGGUUGGAGGAGGAGGAGAAGCGCGGACAUGGCGGCGGCGGCAGUGAGAAGUUGAGCAGUUGGGGAGGGAGCGGCCCCGAGAGGCGGGACAACUCGGCGCUGAUGGCGGAUCGGUUUGUUUCUGGUGGGAAAUGGCGUUGUGGCCGCACCUUCUCGAGCUGCUGGUGACCGGGAGCAGCUGUUUUGCAGAGAGAGAGAGAGAGAGAGAUGGAGCACUGGUGGGCAGCGCCUCCCCGUCUGUCCCCCCGUCCCCCGCUGCUUGUUUCUCAGCCCUGAGGUGAGCGGUGGCUGAGGCUGUGGCCUUCUCCGUCUGACGGCUGUUCAACAACAACAGCGUCUGCGCUCGAGGACCCGAUGACUGGAAUCCCAGAGAGACGACCCUCUUCCCGGGAAAAUGGGACAUGUGCUCAGAAGCGGAGCUCAGCCCCGGGUCAGACCGCGGUGGCUUUACCUUCGCUCACGCUGACCAGCACAGGCCAUCAUCACAACCACAGCCAUCAUAAUCCCGGCCUUUGACACCGCGGCUCAUCGCGUCAUCGAGACGUCUCGAAAGGGCUUCGCGGGAUACGCGGUAAACACACCCAAUACUGUCAGCCAAUCAGCGAGAGCACCAGGGAACAUGUGCCGUGUGAUUGGCCGGGGCUUUACCCACAGUAACCAAUCAGGUUGGGAUGUGCUCUCCCCACAAGAGGCAGGAGAGAGCGUCUGAGGGAACAGAAGCGGCGACAUGGAGUGUGGAGCGACCGGUGAGGGUUUGAGCUCCAAACACCACCGACCAGUGGAGGUGAGGCCGAGAGCAGCAGAUCCUGUUUGAGAAAGAGGGAGAGACGAUCGGACACUGAGGACACUAUCCCGGGGAAAGGUGUCUGUCCCUUUAAACAGCAGUUGGUCUGUGAUCCCCACCCGCACAGCCACUUCCUGGUUUGGGGUAAAGGUGAAAGUCCCAAACAGAGCAAAGAGCUGAUGGUGAAAUGGCGUCUGUACAGGAACUGGAGAACCUGAGAAAUGAAGCCACUUGUUCAAUCUGUCUGGAGUUUUACACGGAUCUGGUGACUAUAGACUGUGGCCACAACUUCUGCAGAGACUGUAUUUUACAGUGUUGGGGCACAGGACAAGGAAGCGUGUCCUGUCCGCAGUGCAGGCAGCAGAUUCCCCAGAGGAGUGUUCGGCCCAACAGAACUCUGUCUAACAUGGUUGAGAGUGUUCGGAGACUGAGCCUGAAUCCGAGGCUGGAAGAAGUGGGAAUCCAGUGUGAAGAGCAUGAGGAGAAGCUGAAACUGUUUUGUGAAAUGGAUCAAAGAGCGAUCUGUGUGGUCUGUGCGAUGUCCCGUGAUCACAAAGAUCACACAGUCAUUCCCAUUAAGGAAGCUGCUGAGCUCCACAAGCAAAAGCUGCAGAAAGCCCUGGACACCCUUCAGAAGCAGUUGGAUGAAAUGUCUCAGUGUCAGAGAGAAGUAGGAGCUACUCAACUGGAAGUGAAGAGACAAGCCGAGCGUCUGAGGAAGAACAUCGACGCUGAAUUUGCUCAACGUCACCAGCUGCUGAUUGAGGAGCAGCGAGACCUGAUCACCAAACUCAGACAGCAGGAGGAGGCCAUCUUAGGACAAAUAGAAAACAAUAAGAGUGACAUUUCCAACCAAAUUGCUUCUAUUAAUCAGAGAAUAGCAGAAAUCCAGACAAGACUGACUCUCCAGAACACCGAAUUCCUGAAGGAUAUCAAAUCCAUCAUUGACAGGUCUGGUGUUGACAUCAAGAAACCCACAAAAGUGUCUGUUGAUGUGGCUGAGAGGGACCUCAUUGGACCUCUGCAGAGCAGAGAGUGGAAACUCCUUUUAAAGGGCAUCACUGCAGCUCCAGCCUCUCUGACUCUGGAUCCUAACACAGCCCAUCCCCGGCUCAUCCUGUCUGAGGACCGGACCCGAGUGAGACUCGGUGACAGAGAACAGCAGCUUCCUGACACCCCGGAGAGGUUCAGUUUCUGGCCCAGUGUCCUGGGGUCUGAGGGGUUCACAUCAGGGAGACAUUACUGGGAGGUGGAGGUGGGGAACAGCACAUACUGGAUAGUGGGGGUGGCCCGAGAGUCUGUGCCCAGGAAGAGGUGGUUCACACAUGGACCUGAGACUGGAGUCUGGGCUGUGAGGCUGUACAAUGGGGAAUAUAAAGCUCUAACCUCACCUCGUACCCCCCUCCCCCUGAGGGUGACCCCCCGGGUGCUGGGCGUGUACCUGGACUAUGCGGGAGGACAGGUGUCGCUGUACGACGCUGAACACAUGUCUCACCUCUUCACUUUCACCCACACGUUCACUGGGAAACUCUUCCCGUACUUCAGCACAUGGUGUCACACUGACCUGACACUGAACCCCCGACACUGACCGCGGGGCCUAUCAGAGCGCAACGGGUCACAUUGACAUCUCGGCGGACCAAUGGGACGAUCCAAUUGAGGGGGCGGGUGUUCAGAAAGGACCAAUGGGGAGCGAGUGGGCGGGAGGGGAGUGACGGUUGGAGGAGGAGGAGAAGCGCGGACAUGGCGGCGGCGGCGGCAGUGGGGGGUUGAGCAGUCGGGGAGGGAGCGGCCCCGAGAGGCGGGACAACUCGGCGCUGAUGGCGGAUCGGGUCAGUGAGACGGAGUGUGAGAGCGUGUGGGUGUGUGAGCGCGUGUGGGUCUCAGUCUCUCUCUCUCGGUCUCUCACACACAUUCCGAGUGAUCAGAUAAUUAAUAAAACUCGUGAAAGUCAA